AACUGCGGGCUGCAACCCACGGGGCGGAGAACCAGGGCGCAGUCUGGGCCCCGCGUCCGAUAUGGAGAGCGCGGCGGCGGCGUCCGCUAGCCGCAACAGCAACCUUCGUCGCCGCCGCGGCGUCUUGCACUAGAUCCGGGAAGCCGCCGCCCGACCGUCGUCCUUGCCGUCGCCGCCGCCUCCGCGCCCUGUACUGGGAUGGAGUAAGAGGCCCUGCAGCCCGGGAGAAGCGUGCCGCGCCUCAGACGGGGCCGGGGCCUGCUCCCGCGCCUGCCAGCUCGACCUGAGGAGGCGCCUCCGUGUCCGGAGAUGGAGCUCGAGUGCAGGCCGCCUGCUGAGCCGCGGGGCUAGACUGAGCGCCGAGUCCCGCCCCGAGCGCCCAAGCCGCCGCGUUCUGCGCUCUGUGGUCGCUCCGGACGAAUUCGAACGCUGGUUUCUCUCUCAUAUUUUUGGCCUGGAAGUCUCAGGGACGGAGGGGCGCCAAGGCCCCAUGUGUGGGAGGAUUGUUUCAGCUCCACAAACUUGCACGGAUUUUGGUUACUUGUUUGGCCAAUGGUUCGGCUCUGAUUUCUUCCGAAUUGUUGCAAAUUCGCCAUCGUUCCCUGGCUGCUUACAAAGUUGGAUCCGGAAUUUCUUUUCAACCGGGAGCCAUUGGUGUCGAAGUGUCUGCAAUGAACCCCGUGAAUGCUACUGCUCUCUACAUUUCCGCGAGCCGCCUAGUGCUCAACUACGACCCCGGAGACCCCAAGGCGUUUACUGAGAUUAACAGGCUCUUGCCUUACUUCCGACAGUCCCUAUCGUGCUGUGUUUGCGGACAUUUGCUACAAGAUCCUAUUGCACCCACCAACUCCACCUGCCAACAUUAUGUCUGCAAAACUUGUAAAGGCAAGAAAAUGAUGAUGAAACCUUCCUGUAGCUGGUGCAAAGACUAUGAGCAGUUUGAGGAAAACAAGCAGUUAAGCAUCCUAGUGAACUGCUACAAAAAACUAUGCGAGUAUAUAACACAGACUACACUGGCACGGGAUAUAAUAGAAGCAGUUGACUGUUCUUCUGAUAUUUUGGCUUUGCUUAAUGAUGGAUCAUUGUUUUGUGAGGAGACAGAAAAACCCUCAGAUUCAUCCUUUACUUUGUGUUUGACACAUUCCCCUUUACCUUCAACCUCAGAACCCACAACUGAUCCUCAAGCUAGUUUAUCUCCAAUGUCUGAAAGCACCCUCAGCAUUGCUAUUGGCAGUUCUGUUAUCAAUGGGUUGCCUACUUAUAAUGGGCUUUCAAUAGAUAGAUUUGGUAUAAAUAUUCCUUCACCUGAACAUUCAAAUACGAUUGACGUAUGUAAUACUGUUGACAUAAAAACUGAGGAUCUGUCUGACAGCCUGCCACCCGUUUGUGACACAGUAGCCACUGACUUAUGUUCCACAGGCAUUGAUAUCUGCAGUUUCAGUGAAGAUAUAAAACCUGGAGACUCUCUGUUACUGAGUGUUGAGGAAGUACUCCGCAGCUUAGAAACUGUUUCAAAUACAGAGGUCUGUUGCCCUAAUUUGCAGCCGAACUUGGAAGCCACUGUAUCCAAUGGACCUUUUCUGCAGCUUUCUUCCCAGUCUCUUAGCCAUAAUGUUUUUAUGUCCACCAGUCCUGCACUUCAUGGGUUAUCAUGUACAGCAGCAACUCCGAAGAUAGCAAAAUUGAAUAGAAAACGAUCCAGAUCAGAGAGCGACAGUGAGAAAGUUCAGCCACUUCCAAUUUCUACCAUUAUCCGAGGCCCAACACUGGGGGCAUCUGCUCCUGUGACAGUGAAACGGGAGAGCAAAAUUUCUCUUCAACCUAUAGCAACUGUUCCCAAUGGAGGCACAACGCCUAAAAUCAGCAAAACUGUACUUUUAUCUACUAAAAGCAUGAAAAAGAGUCAUGAACAUGGAUCCAAGAAAUCUCACUCUAAAACCAAGCCAGGUAUUCUUAAAAAAGACAAAGCAGUAAAGGAAAAGAUUCCUAGUCAUCAUUUUAUGCCAGGAAGUCCUACCAAGACUGUGUACAAAAAACCCCAGGAAAAGAAAGGGUGUAAAUGUGGGCGUGCUACUCAAAAUCCAAGUGUUCUUACAUGCCGAGGCCAACGCUGCCCUUGCUACUCUAACCGCAAAGCCUGCUUAGAUUGUAUAUGUCGUGGCUGCCAAAACUCCUAUAUGGCCAAUGGGGAGAAGAAGCUGGAGGCAUUUGCCGUGCCAGAAAAGGCCUUGGAGCAGACCAGGCUCACUUUGGGCAUUAAUGUGACUAGCAUUGCUGUGCGUAACGCUAGUACCAGCACCAGUGUAAUAAAUGUCACAGGGUCCCCAGUAACGACGUUUUUAGCUGCCAGUACACAUGAUGAUAAAAGUUUGGAUGAAGCUAUAGACAUGAGAUUCGACUGUUAAAUCAGUGGGUCUUUUAAACCUACUCCUGGUAGGGAAAUAGCUACAGUUUUACGGCAGCUAUGGUUUUGUUGGUUUAACUUGCCGGAGCUCCUGCAUAUAGAUCACUUGUAUCAAGUGUUUUCAUUGCUAAGUUAUAUGUGUUAGUGUCGGGGAAAUAGUUUGCAGAUAAUGGAGGAGUAACCCUACAACUAUAUGUCCUUAGUUCUUACAGAACCUCAUAGUUUGAGAACAAAGCUGAUGCAACUGAUUUAUACAAAAUGAACUUUGGCAAGAAAAAUAACAUUAACCUCAUUGUUUAUGGCCAUGCUUUGUGCAUAAUCAAAGUUUAUGAUUAAAUGUAAGGAAGUGGUAUCUAGUCAGUCCAUAAAGAUUGUGCUAAUUUUUUUGUGGAAAAGUAGCCAUUAGUUCAGGAAACUCAGUGCUGCCUUCACAUGCCAUUGAUGUUUCUCCUGUUGGAAAGCUGAUGUGUCCAGCUCAACCUUUGUGCUGACAUCAUACCAUUUCUGAUCAUGAAAUAUUGGCUACUGGUGUAUGUAGCAGUUCUUAAAUCAGCAGUAUUAUGAAAAAAAAUUCCCCCUCAUUAGAAUGUUUAAGAAAUCUUUUUAAAAAGUAAAAUUCUGUCAGACUACAAAUGUUUAGCUGUUACUCAUUUCUAGGGAAGAAAUUCUAAAUCCCUCCUUCACUUUGAGCAGUGUUCUAAUUGGAUAAAUGAAGGAGAGUAGUUUUAUUCUGAAGGUAAUUAAAUUUAGACUAUGUAGUAUGUGACAGAAUUUUUUUAAAAUUAUAAAAAGAUUUAUUUAGUAAUUGGGAUUUACUUAAAAUAAUUUCAGAAUAAUGCUCCCAGACUUGCCCAGAUUUGUGUAUUGUACUUAUUGCCACUGGCCGCCACUUUGACUUAUUUUCUCUAAUAGUUUAUUUGCCACAGUCUUUAUUUUGAAUAUGCUCCUAGUUUUUUUUUAGGGUGCUGUUCAUUAUGAAGGCUUCUUUAUAGAGGCCUAAUAAGAAUGCCUUUUUAUAAAGCCUGUGCAUUUAGGUAGGUUGAAGCUAGGAGGAUUUUCUUUAGAAUGCUCUUUUGCAUGUAAAGCACAAAGUAUGUUUCAGUUUAAAUGCACUUCUUCCCAUUAAUUUUUAUGGGGAAGACAAGUGAGUCACAAACAUUCUGUUGAAGGGAAAUCUAGUCAGUUGCUUGAAAGAGCACAGCCCAAAUAAAACAAGGACUGACUAGGUGUAAUGAAAUAACCUGUGAUUUAAAAGAAGAGCUGCAGCUUUGACAGUGCUUAUUUAAAGAAAAAUACUGCUGGAAAAUUUCCAAUUUCUACUACGUUCACCAUCUCUAGUAAGAUCUGACAUAUGCUGAAGUUAUGUUUUGAUUUGGCACACGGCAUGUUCAAUGAUGGUUACUCGCCUAGUACAAGACAUGGAGAAGAAACCUUUGGACACAGAGCAGAUGACACCUCCUUCUGUUUUGUAGUGUAUCCUGGUGUCAUUUUCUGUGAAUGUGGUCAGGUAGAGUUGUUUUUGUUGUUGUUGUUGGGCUUUUUUUUCUUUUUUUUUUUUUGGUCUCUUUUGGUGGGGUGGGGGUGGGCUAAAGCCAUAGGAAGAAAAAUGUGAUGUAUGUGUCCAGUAUGUACUAUUUUGUUUUUGUUUUGCAAGAAGAGUUGAACUAUUUUUGAUAACAAGAGUAAAUGGUGGAAAAUGCUU